CUUUUCGCUUCGGCUCUUCGUGAACGUGGGGGCGGUGUAGUCUCAAAACAACAUGUCCGACCGCGAGUUGUUACAUCUAGCGAUACAAGAAAAUGACACAGACUUGAUAGAUAUGCUGAUGUUGGAUGAUGCCACACGCAAAACCAAAUUUAAUCAGAAUAUUCCUAGAAUCGAUCUCACUUCGAUGACUGAUGAGCAAGUGUGGAAACAAUUCCGUUUUCAGAGGGAAGAUAUCGAUCGGUUGGUUCGACUUCUUCAACUUCCAGACAGAAUGAUAUUUGCUGACAGAACAGUAACUUCGGGAAGAGAGGCUUUAUGUGUAUUACUAAAGAGGCUGUCAUAUCCAAACAGAUUAGUGGACCUUGAAAAUGUGUUUGGAAGAUGUACAAGUCAGUUAUCUGUAAUCGUGAAUGAAACAGUGGACCACAUAUAUGACAAUUAUAGUCACUUGAUUCAUAAUCUAGAUCAACCAUGGAUGGACAUGGAUCAUCUCAUGCAGUAUUCUGAGGCGAUUGUUUCACAGGGUGCACCAUUAAAUAAGUGUAUUGGUUUUGUGGAUGGCACCGUUAGACCUAUAAGUAGACCUACAUUUCUACAACGGACAUGCUACAAUGGACACAAAAGGACACACGCAAUUAAAUUCCAGAGCGUUGUGAUCCCAAAUGGGAUUAUAUGCAGUUUGUAUGGCCCAAUGGAAGGCAAGCGCCACGACUGUGCCCUUUUGAAAGAGAGUGGUCUUCUUCAACAGCUGCAACAGCUACCACAAGAUGUUGAUGGGCGAUUUUGUAUUUAUGGUGACCCUGCAUACCCCAUCCGCCCCCAACUUCAGUGUCCAUUUCGAGGUGCAAACAUUACACCAGAGCAGCACGCAUUUAAUUCUGAAAUGUCUCGGGUCCGAGAAAGUGUAGAGUGGGCCUUUGGAAAAAUUGUACAAACUUUUGCUUUUCUUGACUUCAAAAAAAAUUUAAAACUUUACCUUCAGCCUGUUGGCAAAUUGUACGCAGUUGGUGCAAUUCUCACCAACUGCCAUACUUGUUGCUAUGGUGGAGUUAUUACAGAAUUUUUUAAUGUACACCCUCCAACAUUGGAGGAAUAUUUAUAUCAAAGAAACUAAACAUAAUAAAUGCAUCACAUAUCUAAAAGAAUUAAGAUAAUGUGCUGUAGUGUAGAGGAAAAGAAUUGAGCAAAUAAAGAAUUGUACAAGGUUGAAAUUUUUUAUUUACAAUAUAGUGGUAAUUUUCUGUAACUAUUGAGCAAUGAAACGUUUUAAACAUAUAAAAAAUUAGAAAAAGAUUUCAAAAUAUGAGCAAUAUUUGGAACUUUUGUACAAAACUGAAAUAAGAGCAUUUAUUUUUUGUAGCAGCAUUCAACAAUAAGUAACGGUACCGAAUGCCAUUAAUUGCAUGGUUGAUAGGCCUAUUUAUUUAUGAGCAUUAUUUUAGCUUUUGACCAAAACAAAAAUAAGAGUAUUCAUUUGACAUGGCUGCUUUCAACAAUAAGUAACAAUAAAAAUAAUAAUAUAACAGUAAAGAAUGCUAUUAAUUGCAUAUGGUUGAUAUUUACAAUAUAGAGAUGAUUCUUUUUAACAUCAUUGAGGAAUGAAACUUUGAAUCUGAUAUAUAUAAAACUAAA